AUGUCAGUUCUGACUACUCCUGUUAAGAAAAAGGAGUCAGAGUACUGCAUUUCUUCAACAGCUUUUAAAUCCCCACCAACAUCCAUAAUAAAAUCUACAAGUAGACCAAACACACCUGAAUGGAUAACAAAUUCCGAACAUUAUGCUCCCAUAUUAAGUAGCCCAGUUCCUCAUAGUAGGAUGGAAUCAAUACAGCAGCCCUCUUCAAGAAAUAAUUCAAAUAAAUCAAAACUAAUUAAAUUUUUAACAAAUCCCUUAUUUACAUUAGUGCUGAUUAUACUGGCACUUGUAAUUGCAGAUUAUAGACCAGAAUUUACAAUUCUCGUGUUUCUAGCAAUAAUUUUAUUUAUGUUUUCAAUGAAAUCAUUCCUUCUUUAA